CUGUUUGGUCGUCUUCCCACCCUUAACAACUCGAUUAUUCCGCGGGAUACACGUCACCUCUCUUCUGUUCUAUUUUUUCUUCUAAAUCGGAAAUUUUAUGCUGAAUAAGUCUUCUCUUACUGUUUUAUUGCCUUCAUCUCAACAAUUAUCCUUUCAUUACACCCUCUCCAAUUCUGAAUUGAUUCAAUUUUAGAUAUCAAUUCCAAGAAUUGUAGCCCUCCAUUGACAUGGGGCCUCACUCGAUGUACCCCCUUUCUUAGUGAUUGAAGGUAAAGGUAUUGUGAGUGCAUGCUCGAGACUUUACCCUGCGCAGGUCUUUAGUAGUAUGACAUAGUCGCCUUGAGUACCGAACCAAAGCAGGAUGGAAUUACAAGAGACCCCUGCUUCUGCUAAGAAAUCAAAACAUUUUCCUCUGACUCCUUUUAGAAUUAUAAGGGGUGUGAUAUGUUUAUCAGUUCUUCUUUCAACUGCAUUUGUUUUCUUGAUCUAUUUCGUGCCUGUGGCAGCUGUACUCUUGCGCCUCUUCAGCACACUUUAUAGUAGGAAAGUUGUUGCGCUUCUGUUUGGUCUUUGGCUUGGAUUGUGGCCAUUCCUAUUCGAAAAAGUAAAUGAAACCACUGUGGUAUUUUCUGGAGAUAAAGUUCCUCCAAGAGAACGUGUACUGCUGAUCGCCAACCACAGAACAGAGGUAGAUUGGAUGUACGUGUGGAAUCUUGCAUAUAGGAAAGGGUGCUUGGGCCACAUCAAGUAUCUACUCAAGAAAAGUUUGAUGAAAUUGCCAGUCUUUGGCUGGGGAUUCUAUGUGUUAGAAUUCAUUCCACUGGAGAGAGACUGGGUAGUAGAUGAACCGGUGAUAAAAGAAACACUUUCAACUUUUACCAAUCCUCAGGAUCCAUUGUGGCUAACUGUUUUCCCUGAAGGAACAGAUUAUAGUGACGAGAAGUGCAAAGCAAGCCAAAAGUUUGCCAGUCAGAAUGGAUUACCUGUUCUAAAAAAUGUGCUGCUACCUAAGACAAAAGGCUUUUAUGCCUGCUUGGAAAUAUUACGGAGCUCUUUGGAUGCAGUUUAUGAUGUGACUAUUGCAUACAAAAAUCAGUGCCCGACGUUUUUGGACAAUGCAUUUGGUGUUGAUCCUUCCGAAGUACACAUUCAUGUUCGACGUGUUCCUCUUGAUAAAAUCCCAGAAUCUGAAAAAGAGGUCUCUAAAUGGUUGAUGGAGACGUUCGACUUCAAAGAUCGAUUACUGUUUGAUUUCAUUGCUAAUGGUCAUUUCCCAAAUGAAGGAACAGAAGAAGAACUAUCAACAGCAAAAUGCUUGGCUAAUCUAGUAUUAGUAAUGGCUAUUACUGGUAUUUUUAUAUUCUUUACAUUUUACUCAUCUAUAUGGGGAAAAAUUUAUGUACUUUUCUCAUGUAUAUACAUUGCUUCUGCUGCUUACUUUAAUUAUAGACCAUAUCCUAUUUUUGGUUCUGUAAAUGAAAAACUGAAUAAAAUUCUUAGAAUGAAAAGUCAUUAGAAAGAUACU